AUGGCGUCAAGAACGCCAGAGGAGGAGCGCCAGAGCAUGGUUGGCCUUGGCCUAGCCGCAUCGGCUGAUAUGCCCCCUCGCUUGCCGACGACGCGCAGCCUGCGACCCCAAUCGACGCUGCCGUCGCAGGCAGUAGCUGCUGCUGCUGCUGCAUCAGCGCCUGGCUCGACACACAUUGCGACACCGCUAGCACAGGCGCCGGUCCCUGCCCCGACGGCGACGCGAAGACCUUCGGCUGGCGCUGCGAUGCGGGCAGACGCUCUAUCGCUGUAUGACGCCGAUUUCUCGACCGGCCCUUAUCCUACGUUCGAUCUGCCUUCGCCCACACAAGCACAGAACGGUACGCCCACAGCCAAGCAGGCUCCUCUGCCGCGUAUAAUGACUACGCCUAUUAUGGACUCUUCUGCUCAAUUUGGUUCUACCGGCGCGCCUCAGCAGCCCUACCAGGCUUACAUCGCGCCGAGUUCACCGAAAAUCUUUCAGGCCGUUCCACAGCGCGCUUCGACAAGCUCGCCUCAGCCCGGUCAAAUCUUUGUGCAUCCUCACCUUCAUCAGGCUCGGGGCUCGCCCACCUCACCCGAUCCUGGCCCGCCCGCUGCCGCAGGUCAGCCGCAAUACUACACAUCGCACUCGCCACGCACAGCCAGUCCGGCCUUAUCACACUAUUCGCCCUUGCUUGGCCAGAAUGAGACUACGCCCUUCUUUGCUGAUCAGACUCAGACCGGUUCCAUGAGAGGCUCCACUCAGCCCAAUGCUGGCUCGCCUCAACCGCCGUCACCUCUCUUGCUCGCCGGCGGGCCUGUUCGACCUGGUCUUAACGCUUCUGAUUCGCAUCUGUCCUAUCUCAGCUCGGCUCCAAGCUACCAGCCGGGAUCCAGGUCGCCGUCUUUCUACAACAUGAACUCUUCCAGCACGAACCUCCUAGCCAACGAUGACGACAGCAAUAAAUAUGGCGCCUACAGCCCCGAUUUGGCUGCUUCGACUUCCCAGCUCCUUGACAACAGCUUCUCGACCACGCUGGUCGGCGAUCAGUCGUUCGACGAGAAGGAUGGGAAGGAGAAGCUCUCGGACGAAUACAGCUACCUUCCGCCCAGUCUUGCAAAGAAGUACGAUGACAAGAAGGGCAAGCGCGCAAGCAAAACCGACGUCAGAACAGCGCUUUUUGGCUCACGCAGCCGCAAGCUUGUAUGCGGCGGUCUGACCGCAGCUGUCAUCCUGGCUGCCAUCAUUGGCGUGGCGACGAUCAUGAUUAAUCGAGGACACAAAUCUACGGCUGCGGCGGGGCCGACGAGCUCAGAUGCGGCCGGGACUACACCAACGGCUGCGCCAAUCGCCGAUACGCCGCAGCUCCCGGUAACUCAAGGAGGAGAUGGCUCGACGGUGACCACGGAGACCGGUGUCAACUUUACCUAUACCAACACUUUCGGUGGCUUCUGGGUCUCUAUACCCUUCAAUGACAGCGCACAGCCCCAGAGCGAUAUACCGCCUCUCAAUCAGCCCUGGGAUUUCCAGACUAGCAGGAUCAAUGGCGUCAACCUGGGUGGCUGGCUUGUGCCGGAGCCUUUCAUCACACCGUACAUGUACGAGCAAUACGCAAAUACUGCCAAUCCUGCCAUCGACGAAUGGACGCUCGCCGCCGCCAUGGGCACGAAUUAUGCAGCCGGCAUGGAAAGUCACUACGAUACCUUUGUCACCGAGCAAGAUUUUGCGCAGAUUGCCGGAGCCGGUCUCAAUUGGAUUCGACUCUCUGUGCCAUUUUGGAUGAUCGAGACUUAUCCAGGCGAGCCCUACCUGGAAGGCGUUGCUUUCAAGUACUUCUUAAAAGCCAUCACAUGGGCGCGAAAGUAUGGCAUCCGCAUCAAUCUGGACCUGCACACCGCUCCCGGCAGUCAGAACGGCUGGAACCACUCCGGCCGGUACGGAUCAGUCAAUUUCCUCAUGGGUCAGAUGGGCGUUGCCAACGCCCAAAGAAUGCUCAACUACAUCCGCACUCUGGCCGAAUUCAUCUCUCAGCCUCAGUAUCGGAACGUCGUUCCCAUGUUCGGCAUCAUCAAUGAGCCUCAGAUCGGUCAAAUCGGGACGCCGCAGAUGAGAGCAUUCUAUGUGCAGGCAUACCAGAUCAUUCGCGAUAUCACAGGCGUUGGCAUGGGCAAUGGCCCAAUCAUCUCAAUGCACGACGGCUUUCAAUCGCCAACGCUUUGGUAUGACUUUCUGACUGGUGCGGAUCGUCUCGCUGUCGAUUCGCAUACCUAUAUGUGUUUCGGCACGCCGAACAAUAACGCAAUGCCGGUGAAUGUCAUGACGCCCUGCAAUGGCUGGUCAGGCAAUACUACAAUGAACAGCUAUGGAUUUGCAUACAUCGGCGAGUGGUCUCUUGCAGUUGUCGAUUGUGGUCAAUACGUCAACGGUGUAAAUCAAGGCUCUCGAUAUUCAGGCACAUACAGCGCAGCGGGCGGCACUAACGUUGUCGCGCAAGUUUAUGGCGACUGUGAUGCUUUCACCAUGUCUGCAAAUUGGACGCCGCUCUUCAAAGCCUAUAUGACUCAGCUUGCUUUGACGACGAUGGACGUUGGCGGGAACACGUUCUUCUGGACCUGGAAGUCCUGCAGCGAGGCUACUUGCACUGCCGCGUCUCCCAACCCUAUGUGGUCGUACAUGCACGGCCUCCGGGAAGGAUAUGUCGCUGCCAAUCCUCGAUGGGCGCCCGGCACAUGCCAGAAUAUGGCUGCCCAGUACAAUGUUGCGCAGCCAGCGCAGACGCCUAAUAAUGGCAUGCCUGCUUCUGCUACAGGCGGACAAGGGGCAGGUCAAACUGCUGGCAACAAUGCGCAGCAAUAUCCUUUCCCGCCCGCUUCCAUCACCAACGGUGGCGUUGGCUCCAGAUUGCCGGCUUACACCCCGACUGGCGCUCCCCUGGUGCUCACAGACACAGCUACGCCCUCGAGCACAGUCGCCUGGACAGCAGGCACAGUGCCUACCGGCUGGUACACUGCUGUGGCCGGUCAGACAUACCCAGACGCUUACUCGCAAGUCGCUGCGGCCAAUCGGAAACGAUCGGCACAUGCAGAGGCGACUGCGAUGCCCGUCAACACGCACGAACAAGCUUGGUCAUAA